AUGGCGGAAUCCUACUGCAAUAGGGCCCGCACCAUCCGAGCGGAGCUGCUGACCAUUGGACAGGAGGUUCACAUGGCCUCGUUUGCCGAUCACUUGCUGAAGGGCCUGCCACCGGAGUACGGGUUUCUUCGCCGCAAGCUUGACAUUUCCAGCCCUGACAUGACGGUGGAACGUGUGUGCAGCGAGGUGCUGAUGGAGAAGCAGACUCUCUCCAUUGAACAGAGAUACAAACAGAUUACCAGUGAUGCAUCUGCUUUCUCGGGCGGUGUGAACACGAUCGUGGCUACAACAGGGGUCAACGGGAAGGAAGGAAAAUGGGGAAAUGAGCAGACGAACAAGAAGAAGGAUGGCAAGCGGGAGAAGAAGCGAGGCCCCUUCAAGGGGCGCUGCUACAACUGCAAUGAGGAGGGGCACAUGGCUGCCAAGUGUCCCAACAAGAAGAAGGAUGCAACGCCUGCAGCAGCCGCGAACGUAGCUAAAGGAGACGGGAAGGGCGUGGCGCUCACCGUCGGGUGUUCGGCUGCAAAGUUGCUGGCCGAUGACAAGGACUUGUGGUUCCUGGACUCGGGGUGCUCCUAA